AUGUCUCCACCAAUUGCCACCUUCAACGAGUUUGAUGCCUACAAUGGCACCAAAGAGCUGAAACAAGACGCCGUCGGAACCACAAAGGUGGCCUUGAAGGCUGCUGGCGAACAUAACAAUCUUCUUGAACAAUUUGGCGACAAAUGGGAUGCCUUCAAGUUUGCCCCUAUCCGCGAGUCCCAGGUCUCUCGCGCCAUGACCCGACGCUACUUUGCCGAUCUUGACCGCUAUGCCGAGUCGGACGUGGUCAUUGUCGGUGCCGGCUCUUGCGGGCUUUCCACCGCUUACACGCUGGCAAAGGCAAGACCAGACCUCAAGAUUGCUAUCAUCGAGGCCUCUGUCAGCCCUGGAGGCGGCUGCUGGCUGGGUGGUCAGCUCUUCUCGGCCAUGGUUCUUCGCAAACCCGCCGAAGCCUUUUUGAACGACAUCGGCGUGCCGUAUGAGGAUGAGGGCAACUAUGUGGUCGUCAAGCACGCGGCCCUCUUUAUGUCGACGCUGAUGAGCAAGGUUUUGGCCAUGCCCAACGUCAAGCUGUUCAAUGCUACCUGUGUUGAGGACCUGGUCACCCGUCCAUCCGCGGAUGGAGGUGUCAGAGUGGUUGGCGUCGUCACCAACUGGACUUUGGUCACCUUGCACCACGAUAACCACAGCUGCAUGGAUCCCAACACUAUCAAUGCCCCUCUCGUUAUCAGUACCACUGGCCACGAUGGACCGUUCGGCGCCUUCUGUGCCAAACGUCUGGUCAGCAUGAACGCCAUUGAGAAGCUGGGCGGCAUGCGCGCCCUCGACAUGAACCGUGCCGAAGACGCCAUUGUCAAGGGCACGCGUGAGGUGUCGCCAGGUUUGAUCAUGGGCGGAAUGGAAUUGAGUGAACUGGACGGAGCCAACCGCAUGGGACCUACCUUUGGGGCCAUGGUCCUGAGCGGCGUCAAGGCUGCCGAAGAGGCUCUGAAGAUCUUUGAGACGAGAAAAGCCGAGUGUGCCGAGUAA